CACUUUGGACAGUAACUCCACACAACAAUCCUCCAUUAGACUUGUCUGAGCUGGAAUCAGGGUUGACUAAACAUCCACAAGUGAGGGACCAAGUUGUACAGUAUCAUCAUACCAAAUCGUCAUCGGGAACACCGCAGCCACAAGAAUAUAUGGAACUUCACAAGCGAGAAAGUGAAAUCUGAUUAUUUUAAGUUUCAAGUAAAACGUCCAGCAGUAUUUACUGCAAAAUUACAAAUAUUUAUCAUACUUAGAAGACGCGGAAGUUGAAAAUGGGCUUACACGUAUUUUGGCCUGCCAGUGCCUGUUUGACAUUAUUUGUUGUAGGCGUUAUAAUGGUCCUAUUAAAGUAUGGACCACGUAUUUGUAAGACAAGACACGAACCACUUCCGUCUGAUCAAGACUGGCAAGGGAAAGCAUAUUCCCAACAAAUCUCAGUUUCACUAGCUUAGCAUAAAUAUUUUAUAAUUAUACGUACGCUAUACUAACGUAGCAGUACCUAUACUUCUUUUAUACUUUUUUAACAACAGGUAUUAUUCUCUAAAUUUUUACAAGAUUUACACUCUGCUUGAAUAGAGACAGAAAGAAACAAAGCAGAUAACUAUCAUCAUAUGAUAGUAGACUAUUUCAGAUCAUAGAUUCCUAAUUACAAUUAAAAUGUAUCAUGCAUGCUACAACCAAUCAUUCGUAUACAAUAACUGUUCAUAGAAUAUAAAUACAAGAAAGGGCAAUACUGAAUAAGUAUUUUUAAUCAAAUAUGCAAGAAGUCUCUGAGAGUAAAUGAUAUAAAGUACUGAGACUGUUGCACUUAAUAUAAAAAGAAACGAUCAUUCGUGAAACGAUGACGAAUUUAUAUCUCUAACGCUAAAUUUUAACAUAUAUUCAUUUACAUGUUUGUGACUUAUAGAUUACUAUAAAAUAAUUCCGUCCACGAGAAAUCGAAUUUUAAGUUAAUCAUACUGUAUACUUCUAAAGUGAGUGAAAGGGUAAUGCACACAUGAAAAUGAAUUUAUAUUUCGCAAAAAUUUAUUCAAUCCGUCCAAUUAUUUUUCAUAGGUGUAUAAUUAGGUUCAGAAAGAUUGUUGCGAUAGAAUUUUAUAACGCAUGUACCUUACAAUUUUACAAAUAAAAUAAAAUUGCUUUAUGUAAA